AAAGGUUACAUGCAACUUUUGUUCUUGCUCUCCACCAUGAGGCAGCUGUACAUCAUGCUCUUUUUAACCUCCAUGAAUUGCAGUAUGCCCAACAAAGGAAGGGUCGUGAUUGAUCUGGAUCCACCCUGGGCAGAUUUAUUUGAGACAGAGUCAAUCAUUCUGAAAUGUGAGGCUGAGGAUGGAUCUUCUGGAUGGAAGUAUGAGUGGGCAAAAGAAAAUAAGGGAAUGCUUGAGAAGCUAAAGAACACCACUGGCAGCAAUGGAGAUACAUACAGAAUCAAGUCUGUUAAAGAUUAUGACAGUGGAAUUUACUGGUGUCAAGCCGAGAGAGUGACUGAAACAACUGAGAGUGCAUCAUGCACCUUAAAUGUCUUAAAGGGGCGUCCAGGAGUUUCAAUUACUCUGCAACCAUCUUUCACAAUAGUUUAUGUGGGAGAGUGGCUCAGUCUAAAGUGUGAGGUAAAAGAAACGUCUGCUGGCUGGAAAUAUUCCUGGGCUGCUGGCACAGAUUCAAACUUAAUUCAAGUUCAACAUCUAUCUGAUGUCAUUGUAAUUGGAACCGAACUGAGAUUUAAACCAGUGAAGUUAUCUCAUCAAGAGCGGUACUGGUGUCAAGCUUCGAGGAAGUCAUUUCAGUCUUCUUCAUCCUCCUUCCUUCUUCAAAUAACUGACAAAGUGCCUAAGGUGCUAUUAUCUAUACAGACAUCAGAAGGACCUGUUUUCACAGGAGAAACUGUGUCUAUGAAGUGUGAGCUGGAUGAGGAUUCUGCUGGCUGGAUCUAUAUCUGGUACAAGGGUAUGGAGCAUAAUUCAAAGUUUCAUACCAAUAGUAGUAGAGAUCCUGCUGGAUCCAAUUACGUGAUUACCCAAAGUGGGAUUUCAGACAGUGAUGUAUACCGAUGUCAAGCAGAGAGACCAGCAACACAUUUUUUCUCCAACCUUAGUGAAACAGCAAUUUUGAAAAUAUCCAAUCCACCAAAACCUCGUCUGACUAUUGAGAGAAAAUGGAUGAAGGUAUACCAAACAGAAAAUGUGUCUUUAAAGUGCGUGAUUGAAAAUUUUACCAGUGACUGGAAUUACACAUGGUACAAAGAUGGCAUUAAGCAAAACGCCUGCAGGAAUAGCGAAAACUGCUCUGUCUACGCUAUUAACUCUGUGGCAGAGCAGCACAGUGGAAAUUAUACUUGUCGUGCUAAGGCUCACUCAAAGUAUUCAGAAAUAAGUGACCCUCUUCAACUGCAUGUUUUUAAAAACGGGCCACAACUAAUUCUUUGGUCAUCAAGUGUUGUGACCUACACAGGAAUUCCAGUUAAUUUGAGUUGCAUGAUAAUGGGAGAAUCCAGCAAAUGGGAGAUUUUAUGGUAUAACGAAAGCCAAAAGCUAUUUGCAGAAGAUCAAGGUAACACUGAAGUAUCUAAUUACAGCAUUGUUUCUGCUAAUGUUUGGGACAGUGGAAAGUACUGCUGUCGAGCAAAACGAGAAAAGUUUCUGUCAAACUGCAGCAAUCAAGUGGAGAUUCAAGUCUUCCAGAGUCACCUAAAGCCUAUAUUAAUCAUAGAACCUGAUGAAAGAGACAUCUACAGAGAAGAUAAGUUUAUAAUAACGUGCCGUUUUAAUGAAACUAUUACUGGCUGGAAUUUCAGUUUAUACAAAGAUGGGCUGAAGGUAACACACAGUAGUCCUUACACAGUCAGCUCAGCUAAGUCUUCUGACAGUGGUGAGUACUGGUGUGAAGCUGAAAGUAAACUGGAUGCAAAUGUCAAAUUGAAUCAAAGCAACGCUCUCAAUAUUACUGUACAGGCUCUUCCUGAAACUCUUCUGACUCAAAUGUUACGGAGUGAAAUAUUUAAUAUUAUUUUUAAGGGUCAAGUGACACUGAAAUGUGAAACUGCAUGGAAUUCCACUGACUGGAAAUACAUAUGGUUCAGAAAUACUGCUGUAGUAAACGAGGCUCAUCAGGGCGGUCUAUAUAUCAUUUAUACUGGACAUGACUCAUAUGGUGUGGAGUACAGCUGUAGGGGACAGCAGUUUACCAAGCCAUUUUACUCAGAAUACAGUGAGGUUGUUACACCCUCAGUGACUGUACUUAAAGCGAGAUUGAUUGCAGCUGCAUCGCUUGUUAUCAUACUGCUCAUUUGCGGCAUUUUACUUAAAUGUGGAUGUAAGCGACUUCUUAGAGUAAAAGGUACUGACAAGAAGGGUGUAUAUCCUAGUAUGAACAUGCAUAACAGUGACUGCUCUCAGCCCACUGACGCUACAUUUUACGCCAUGACAAGGUUGAAUUUUACAUCCCUGGAUUCGGCCACUAACGAUGAAACUAAUAAUAUGUUGUAUCAUACUAUUGAGUAACUGCCAACAAAGUAUUCUGAUUGACUGUUGGACAUCUUUGCAAGCCACUGACAGCUUCAUGAAGAUCUACAGGCAAAGUCAAACUCCACCAGACUCAUUUUAAGUUAGACCCAAAUAGGGAUGGUAAUUGAAUAGUGGGAAGGCUAAAUUCUUACCGACAUGGGAUUUUGAUAUGUGCUAGUCCAACUUUUCAUAUAUGUCGGCUAUCUCCUGUUCACUUUCUUUCAUUCAUUGACCGAAACUAAUCACAGUUUAUUUUUAAACUUUAACAAAGCCAUAAUCACAAUUAUGUGUAAUUCAUUAGUUGCAUUAUCAUUGUCAUCCAGAUCCUAAAAUAUUCUAAACAUCUUUUAAAGAAGCCUUCUGUUGGGUUUGCAGGAGCCACAUUAAUCCUACGUGUUUUUAAGAUGGCUAUAUGUGGUAGAUUAUUUUUUUUCUCAUUGUUUCUGAUAUUUCUAAAAUUUUAUAAAUUCCUUCCUCCAAAUGAAAUAAUGUAAU